CUUAGCUAGUAGUCACGUGCUAUGCGGCAGUCCCUAGCUCGCUAGCUCCAACCUCAGACUUGUGCUUACCUAAGUCGACACCGAUCGAACUGGCUGCCAAGAACCACACACAAGAACUUUUUGGACCUCCACAAAAGACCGUCAAUUCAUUACGACCAGCGACCUCGAUCUUCCGACCACAACACAACGCAGUCCUGACCUCAAGAUGAAGUUUCUCAAGGUCGGCCGUGUGGCCAUCAUUACUCGAGGCCGAUAUGCCGGAAAGAAGGUCGUCAUCAUUCAACCAGUCGACCAAGGCACCAAGCAACACCCAUUCUCCUACGCUCUGGUCGCAGGCAUUGAGCGCUACCCUUCGAAAGUCACUCGUCGCAUGGGCAAGAAGCGAGUCGAGAAGCGAUCCAAAGUCAAGCCAUUCAUUAAGAUGAUCAACUACAACCACAUCAUGCCUACCCGAUACACCCUCGAAUUGGAAGGAUUGAAGAGCGUCAUCUCCAACGACACAUUCAAGGAGGUUUCUCAGAGAGAAGAUGCCAAGAAGAACGUGAAGAGGGCGCUGGAAGAGAGAUACCUGAGCGGAAAGAACAGAUGGUUCUUCACACCCUUGAGAUUUUGAGCGCAGUGUAGAAACGAGGUUGAUGGGGUUGGCAUUUUAUGGCGAUUCAACGGCAUGAUUUCUGGCCUCGCCCACGGGCGACAGAAAGCGGUUCAAUUUCAAGGAUCGGAAAACGAAUGAAAAGAUUUUCGAAUCAAAUGCUGGUAACUGUCAGCUGCGCCUUGCACAAUUCAUGUCUGCACAACGCCCGGUGCGAGAUUAUGGGAGGAUCAAAAGACCAUUGAGCGUGAUGCGAUCAAGUGCUGUUCACACCAAAUGAAAUGGUGCUGAAAUCAAUCGAAUGCCAAUAUUUAUCAGCAUUACUCCAGGUACAAGUCGUCCUUCAAGCGCUGCAAGUUUCUG